CCGAUUUGCGAGCAGCAUCAGAGAGAUCAAUCAGCAUCAGCAGUGAGCGAAGUGAAAGAAGAAGAAUGAGAAAGUUCGAUCCAUGGCCCGUUUUCUUCAAGCGUGAAUGGAAGCGCACCUGGCCGUUCCUCGUCGGGUUCGCCGUCACCGGAACCCUAAUCACCAAAAUGUCCCUCGGCCUCACCGAGGAAGAGGCUAAGAAAUCGAAAUUCGUUCAGGCGCACAAGAGGUAA